AUGAUUGGUGGAUACGACCACACCGCGCACAAGCACAAAAUUGUGUGCGGGCAAGAGAAAAGUCCCAAGGAUGGCGAGAUCUACAAUGUGGCUAUGACAAUGACCCUUCGUAAAGACCAACCCAACGAAGAAGUCCUGUACUUGUCCAAAUUUACCAGCAAGGACAUCCGUGCUCUCGCUCUCAAGUGUGGAGUCAGGGGAGGUGGUAACAUGACUAUUUUCACUGCAAGGAUGGAGAUUGCACGCAGCAUUCAGAUGGGCACUAUGUACACUGACCUGUCUAUUGCCAACCCAGGUUCUGAUGCCGCAGCCGUGAGGAUCAACACUCUCAUCAAACUUUUGAAUAUAUGUUUCCAUGCUGAUAAUUUCACUGCCUUUGUUGCUCUCAACGACAGUAAGGGACGCAAGGACUAUGAAGAACAGCCACUCUCAGAGAAGGGAGUUAGCGGAAAUCCCGUGAAAGACUUUUGGCUUCUUGUCUCAGACACGAUGAAUGAGACGGAUGAUGAUUCGUUUGACACCGUCUUAGGAUUGCAAGAGGGGGAAAACGACAGGCUUAGUGCAUGGAACCAAGACAACGGUUUCAACCUGAAAGAUAUCAGCCGUGGCCACACAUUCAAGACGGUUAAGCAACAUGUGUGUGACUUGAUGAAGUCACGCGAGAGAUGCCGAAUGGAAAUGAAGAAAUCCGGUGAGCACAGCAACGACCUUUGGACAUACUGCACAACGACAAAAUUUACGAAAGUGAGGAAAUCUACGUCUGCUCUACCUGCCGUUACAGUUUACUACUGUGACUAUCUUUGUGGACAACAACCGGCCAUUGAUGGCAAGUUUGCGGCAUUUAUGGACGAAGAUUUGAAGAGUGACUCGACGGUUGACUUUACUGGGAGUGCUGAUUCGGCUGGUAGCAAAGCGGGAAAACUGGCUGUAUCCGCCGUGGUGGAAUCCCUUGCCACCGCACCACCGAUUUGA